UAUGGUGCAAUUUUCCCGAUACUCUACUUGACUUUAUAUUAUACCCGAAAGCACACAUAAUCAAAAAUAUGGCUUCGAACCGAGGACGGGGCUCAAGAUCUACCGGUCGUGAUAAUCCAGAUGUAAAACUAUCCAAAGCACUUUCAUAUAUACUACGCCACGGUGCUGAGAAAGAAGGACUUGUAUUGCAUGAAGGUGGAUUUGUCUUCGUUGAUGAAAUACUUCAAAAGAAGCAGUUUUCAAAAUACACAGAGGAGAAUAUUAGAAACAUUGUUGACACUAAUGACAAGAAAAGAUUUGCUCUGAAAACUGAUGAUGCAACAGGAAAGCUAAUGGUUCGAGCUAAUCAAGGCCACACUUUAGAGGUAGAAGGUCUGGAGUUACAACCUAUUAGUGGCUCUGUUGAAGCACCAACAGUGUUACAUGGAACAUACCUGGAAGCUUGGCAGUUUAUUAAAGAACAGGGCCUUUGCAGAAUGGCAAGAAAUCACAUUCACUUUGCUCCAGGAGAGCCAGGCAAAGAUGGAGUCAUUAGUGGAAUGCGCAUGAGCUGUCAAGUCAUUGUUUACAUAAAUAUUGAUAAGGCCAUACAAGAUGGCUACAAGUUUUACAGAUCUGCCAACAAUGUGAUUCUUUGUCCAGGCAAUGAGAAUGGUUUCUUGCCAACCAAAUACUUUGAAAGAGUUAUUCAACUGAGACCAAGAAAAGAACUGCCAUUCAGUUGAUAUUCACUUAGAACAACAGUGGGGCUCAUUAUACGACGUGAUUAAUCAACAAAUUUACCAUGCACAACAUAUUCUAUCUUAAAAGAGCCUUCCCAGGUAAACCAGUGUCUGUAAAAUCUUGUUUCCAAACAAAUUCCUGGUGAUAUGCUGGGCCAUCUUCACAGUUUUUAGUACAGGUGAAUAUUGCUACUGUGCCCCAGUCAAUGCUGUCUUCCACACUGUCUACUCCAAGAUAGUUCAGUAAUUGUGGCAUUAUCUGUACAGAAUCAGAUUGAGUAUUAAAAGUUUAUUAACACUA